AUGACAUCUGCUGGCUUUCAGAUCCUUGGCGUCCUCCUGGCAAGUAUUGGCUUUAUUGGCGAUAUCAUCAUCUGUGCCCUGCCGAUGUGGAAAGUAUCUGCCUUCAUCGGGAACAACAUUGUGACAGCCCAGAUCUUCUGGGAGGGCCUGUGGAUGAACUGUGUGAAGCAGAGCACCGGACAAAUGCAGUGCAAGGUUUAUGACUCUAUGCUGGCUUUGCCUCAAGACCUGCAAGCUGCCCGCGCCCUGGUUGUGAUCUCAAUCCUCGUUGCUUUCCUUGGUAUCCUGCUUGCCAUUGUGGGAGGAAAGUGCACCAACUGCAUUGAAGAUGAACUGUCAAAGAGCCGGGUAGCCAUUGCUGCAGGUGUCUUCUUCAUUGUUGGAGGUAUCCUGUGCCUUAUUCCAGUAUCCUGGUCAGCCAACACAAUCAUCAGGACCUUCUACAACCCAGUCAUGAUUGACGCCCAGAAGAGGGAGCUCGGUGCGGCUCUGUUCAUUGGCUGGGGAGCAGCAGGCCUCCUGAUCAUCGGAGGGGCUCUUCUCUGCUGUCAGUGCCGCCAGCAUAAGGAUGGACGCUACUCUGUUAAAUAUUCUGCCCCACGCUCAGCAGCCAGUGCGGGAGCCUAUGUCUGA